CAGAGAGAGAGAGAGAGGGAGUGUGUGUUUGUGUGUGGGUGGGGACAGUGUAUGUUUUAGAGAGAGAAAGUCGAAUUUUUAACUUUUCUCGUGGAGGUACCUGCCAUGGCUCAUCACUCGUCUUCUGUUUUCUUUUGUCUGUUACUCUGUUCGUCUUUAUAUCUCUCUAUGUGAGUACGCUCGCUUCUGAAGAUCUCCAACUGAUUCGGAGGUGUUUACGAUCGACGAUGGAGGUGUUGUUUCGGGCUGUUGAGGAGGCGCUGAAUGUGUGAUUUUCAACAGGCGAAGAGAUACUUUUUGCAGAUCGGUUUGUUGUCGAGUAUAAAUGUAUCUGGAGUUAAAAAAAUUUAAUGGAGGUGGAAUUGAGGGUACAGAGUUAGUUUUGAUUCGUACUUAGGGUUUUAUUGUUGAGAUACUAUAGAACCAGUGGCAGGAAAUCAUUGUGGUUUCAGGAUAUUUUCAAAUUCAAGUCGCUGUACGUUGAAGGCAUGCGCUACGUACUAUAUUCCUUUUCCUUGACCUAACCUCUAAGGUUUACUUGAAUUUACCAUUUACUGAGAAAGAGAACGGAUCUAAUUGAGGAGGCAACCUUUGAUUCUUUUUUCCAUAAACAACAGUUGAAGGUUAGGGAUCUAAUAGCAGCCAGCCAGGAGCAAGCAAGCAUGAACGAGGUUGAGAAGGGUGUAAACCCUCAACUUUGGCACGCCUGUGCUGGUGGGAUGAUUCAAAUGCCUCUACCGAAUUCACACGUCUACUAUUUCCCUCAGGGUCAUGCUGAACAUACACUUACGACUGUAGAUUUUGGCGGAAUACCUAGGGUUCCUCCUUUCAUUCUGUGCAGGGUGAUUGAUGUUAAGUUUCUAGCAGACAUGGAAACAGACGAAGUUUACGCCAAGAUCAGGUUGAUUCCUGUUGGAAACAAUGAUAUUGGUUACAAUGUUGGGAUUGACGAUGGGGUUUUGGUUGAGACACACAAACGCAACACCCCUGACUCUUCAGAGAAGCCCUCUUCAUUUGCAAAAACAUUGACUCAAUCAGAUGCCAACAAUGGUGGAGGUUUCUCUGUCCCUCGAUACUGUGCUGAAACAAUAUUUCCCCGCUUGGAUUAUUCAGCUGAUCCCCCUGUUCAAACUGUGAUAGCUAAAGAUGUUCAUGGUGAGAUUUGGAAGUUUAGGCAUAUCUAUAGGGGGACUCCUAGGAGGCAUCUUCUGACUACUGGAUGGAGUACUUUUGUGAACCAGAAAAAGUUAGUUGCUGGGGAUUCCAUUGUAUUUGUCAGGGCAGAGAAUGGGGAUCUUUGUGUUGGAAUCAGACGUGCUAAAAGAGGUGGCAUUGGUGGUCCUGAUUCCCCUUCUGGCUGGAAUUCUUAUUCCGGAAACUCUUCUUCUUCUUCUACUUCUUUCUAUGGUGGAUUUUCUUCCUUCUUGCGUGACAAUGAGAACAAGUUAAUGAGAAAUGGGAAUGGGAGUAAACGAAAUAUUACUGGAAGGGGAAAAGUGAGACCUGAAGAUGUUAUUGAAGCUGCAUCUCUUGCAGCCAAUGGUCAGCCAUUUGAGGUCUCCUACUACCCACGUGCAAGCACUCCAGAUUUCUGUGUGAAAGCUUCUUCUUUGACUGCUUCUUUGACCAGUCAAUGGUGUGUUGGAAUGAGAUUCAAAAUGCCAUUUGAAACAGAGGAUUCAGCACGUAUAAGCUGGUUCAUGGGAACCGUAUCAUCUGUUGAUGUUGCUGACCCUUUUCACUGGCCUAAUUCUCCAUGGCGACUUCUACAGGUUAACUGGGAUGAACCGGAUCUGUUGCAAAAUGUGAAGCGGGUGAGUCCAUGGUUAGUUGAACUUGUGUCAAGUAUGCCAGUUAUCCAUCUUUCACCCUUUUCACCACAAAGAAAGAAGCUCCGAUUACCCCAACCCCCAGAUUUACCACCUGAGGGCGAUUUCGUCAUUUCGUCCUUUUCAGGCAACCCCCUUGGGCCUAGCAGUAUUCCUGCAAGCAUUCAGGGAGCCAGGCAUGCUCGAUUUGGGAUCCCAUUAAUGGAUCUCAACCUUAAUACCCACAAACUACAGUUGGGUCUUUUUCCUUCUUCUCAUGACAUUAAUGAACCUUCCAUGGAUAUCAAUAAAGAUGACGUGUCAUGCUUGUUGACCAUUGGAACUUCUAGUGUUAAGAUGGAGAAAAGUGAUGAAAAAGUCAAGGCACCUCUUUUCUUACUGUUUGGUCAACCGAUACACAUUGAGCAGGAAGUUAUGGAUUCAAAACUUCCAAAUUUGUCAAACAAGAAUGGGAAUGAUUUUUUCAAGAAUCAAGGAUCGGAUAGUGGUCAUUGCAAAGUGUUUUUGGAAUCUGAGAAUGUUGAGAGAACUCUUGACCUUUCUGUUCUUGAAUCUUAUCAAGAACUGGAGACAACUUUGGCAAAUUUGUUUGGAAUUGGAACCUUUGAUAAUUCUUAUGCUCAUGUGCUAUAUAAAGAUUCAAAAGGUGAUGUCAAACGAAUUGGUGAUGAACCUUUCAGUGAAUUUGUGAGAAAAGCUAGAAAGCUGACAAUUCCUUUGGAUGCAUGCAACCACAAUGAUAAAAGAAAAUGGAAUAUAAUAAGUGUGCAAAGUGGUGAACAUGGACUUGAGUCUUCGAAUCACACAGGGGCUGCUAUGAGCAUAUUUGCAUAGUAAUAAUAUGAAAUAUGUUGCAUUUGCAUUUGACUUUUGUUUAAGACAAAACAUAUUUUCCUUGUUUCUGUAGUAGUCUGUACUUGAAUUUGAGUUCAAGACAAAGAUGUUGCUUAUGUUGACUAUAUCAUAUCAUAUGCGAUUGACUUUGUAUGA